CAAAAUGUCCUGGCAGGCCUUUGGCCAAACAGAUACGUGUGUGGCCCUACGGCUCGCUGAGCGGCUAGCCACUCACGAGUGUGGUGAGGAAUGUCGCCAAGUCUGUCGAGCAUGCACAUCUCUCCCAAUCUAAUGACGUGCAUGAGCAACGCGCCCCCCCUUCCUGCUCGUCCUCUUAAACCAAGCCCAUUCUCGUUCACUUACACUUUUAUCCUCCUUCCCCACAACUAUCAUCGUGAUCUUCGCACGCACUCUGUCACUCACCAAGACACAUCACUCAACCCUCAAACAACUCAGUCACAAUGGCUCGCACCAAGCAAACCGCACGCAAGUCUACCGGUGGUAAGGCACCCCGCAAGCAGCUCGCUACCAAGGCCGCUCGCAAGUCUGCCCCCUCCGCUGGUGGUGUCAAGAAGCCUCACCGUUACCGCCCUGGAACUGUCGCUCUGCGUGAGAUUCGUCGUUACCAGAAGAGCACUGAGCUCCUCAUCCGCAAGCUUCCCUUCCAGCGUCUCGUUCGUGAGAUUGCUCAGGAUUUCAAGACCGACUUGCGCUUCCAGUCCUCGGCCGUCAUGGCUCUCCAGGAGUCUGCUGAGGCCUACCUUGUCUCUCUCUUUGAGGACACCAACCUGGCUGCCAUCCACGCCAAGCGUGUCACCAUCCAGCCCAAGGACAUCGCUCUCGCACGUCGUCUCCGUGGCGAGCGCUCUUGAGCGUUUCUCAGCUUGGUCACAAACCUUGCCACUACUUCGUACAUCUGGAGCUCAGCUCAUCAAGCUCUAACUCGUACACUGUCAAUCUCAUCCGGCG